AUGGCUUCCCAUGAUAGACCAGACUCGGAAGACCGGAUCGUGAAAGCACUGCAGGAGUUUACAACAUGCGAUGUCUCAGACGCGCUUGUCAAACUUGGCUUGCACCACGGCGGCUUCCUUCCGGGCAUCACGCUGUGGUCACCGCAGCGCCAGGACGGGCCUACCAAGAUAGUUGGGCCAGCGUAUACCGUCCAGUACGCACCGGCUGAGGACCCGAGGCCAAAGUGGCCCAGUCACUAUAUCGACUCCGUCCCGCCUGGUGCCGUCAUCCUUGUGACCUGCAGCCCCCGGACACCCAACGCUCUCUACGGCGGCCUGAUGAGCACCCGGGCUAAGGCGAGCGGAGCAGUAGGGUCUGUUGUUGAUGGUCGUUUUCGGGACGUGCAGGAGCAAAGGGACUUGGACUACCCAGUGUUCGCUCGCGGUGUUGGCACGACGCCUCCAGGUCCUCUGUUCAAAGUUGUUGCUGUCAACGAACCCGUAACUGUUUCCGACGAGGGUCAAGAGACCCAGGUUAAUCCCGAAGAUUACCUGAUUGGAGAUGUGAAUGGGGUUGUUGUGUUGCCCAGGACACAUGCCGAACACGCGCUGCCGCUCAUGGCGAAGCAGGUCGAGGCGGACUCCAAGAUGGCGGUGGAGAUCCAGAAGGGAAUGACAUUUACGGAGGCGAGCAAGCGAUUUAGGUCGUGA